UUGGUUCUCUCACGUCCACCCCGCCCCCUCCCUCGCCCUUCUCCCAUAUCAGGGCUGCUACAUUUAUACAAAAGAACGCCGUGUUCCAGCUACUUUGUUUCUAUGGCAACUCCUCGUAGUAACUGAUUGGCCUUCGCUGGAGUCACCUGACUGAAUGUCCCGACGUCACGUUAGCUACAGCCGUACAGGGCAAGAUGGCGGCGCCCAUGUUAGUGAGCCGCCUGCGGUCGGGGCUGUACCCAUGGAAGCGCACUUUACAUAGCAGUGCUUUGCAGUGUGCUGCACAGGACUGGAGGAUUAAGCAUGGCUUUGCUCGCAGUGGUUCAGAAUACGGUCCCUUGACAGAUCUUCCAGACUGGAGUUUUGCUGAUGGUCGACCAGGUCCACCAUGGAAAGGACAGAUCAGAAGAAAAGAGGAGAACAAAGAACUUUCUAGACGUAUUGUCUUGCUCAGUAAUGAGAUAGAUCAAGGAAUAAAAAAUUGGACAGAGAAACAGGAACGUAUCAAGGAAAAACAACUUUUGAAACAGAAGAAUCAACUAAAAGCCAAGGCUAUAUUUAAGAAAAACUCGGAAUCCCAAUAAAUACAUGAACUGUUUAAUUUCCGUUCAUUCAUGAACGUUACUGUUUAUUGCUUAUAUUAUGCUUUUAUUAUGGUGAAAGUAAAGUGAAUCCUUAACCUAAAA